AUGUCCCAAGAUCCUGAACAAGCGAAAAAGCUGGAAGCGCUUUUGAAAAUGCUUUCGCUUUCACAAGGUGAUACUUCAAAGUUGACACAGCCUCAGCGUAAGCAAUUUGAAGAAUACAGAUUCUGGAAAACGCAACCAGUGUCACGCUUUGACGACAAGGUGGACAAUGAGGGCCCAAUAAAUACCUCGCAGACACCAGAAGACAUUCCCGACCAGCCGUUGCCCUUGUUGGACGAGUUUGAAUGGUGUACCGUGGAUUUGACAGACUCAGGACAAUUAGAUGAUGUUUUUGUUCUUUUAAAUGAGAACUACGUGGAAGACCAAGAUGCAACAUUCCGCUUCAAUUAUUCGCGUGAGUUUUUCAAUUGGUCUCUCAAAGGCCCAGGGUGGAGAAAAGACUGGCAUGUUGGGGUUCGUACUAGGCAAUCUGGACGUCUUGUAGCGUUCAUCAGUGCUGUUCCAGCAACGCUGCGAGUCAGAAAUAGGAUCGUCAAGAGCGUUGAGAUUAACUUCUUGUGCAUUCACAAAAAGUUGAGAGCUAAAAGAUUAACACCCAUUUUGAUUAAAGAAGUCACUAGACGUGUCAACAAGCAAAACAUUUGGCAAGCACUUUACACAGCAGGUGUUGUUUUGCCAUCUCCAACUGCCACUUGCCGCUACGCACACCGCCCUUUGAACUGGUCAAAACUUUACGAAGUGGGAUUUACUGGCCUUCCAGCGAAUGCGUCUAAAACUCAGAUGAUAGCCAAAUACACUCUCCCAAAAGAAACUGAUACCCCUGGCUUGAGACCUCUGGAAGAAAGAGAUGUGGAUGAAGUUUAUGAUCUACUUGAGAAAUAUCAAUCUAGAUUUGAUUUGGUACAAGUGUUCACAAAAGAAGAGUUCAGACAUGUGUUCUUGAGCACGGCAUCUGUAGUUUACUCUUACGUUGUUGAAAACGAAGGGAAGAUCACAGAUUUUGUGUCCUUUUACUCGUUGCCCUUCACCGUACUGAACAACCCACAUUACAAAGAGUUAGGAAUAGGUUACCUUUUUUACUAUGCCUCAGAUGCAGAUUUUGGAUAUUCGGAUAGAUUCAAUCCAGAAGGUACUUUGAAGCUUCGCAAAAGACUCAAUCGUCUAAUUACAGACGUGAGUAUCAAAGCCCGUGAUCUCAAGAUGGAUGUGUUCAACGCCAUGAGCUGCCAGGAUAACUCACUAUUCUUGGACGAUUUGAAGUUCGGCCCGGGAGAUGGUUUUCUCAAUUUUUACCUGUUCAACUACAAAGUGCGUCCUAUCGCUGGAGGUUUGAAAGACGACAAUACCUUCGAUACAGAAAAACGUAGUAACGUUGGUGUAGUGAUGUUGUAA